AUGCAGAUCAGAUGGAACCAAAAUGGAAACUGGCUAUUAACUGCAUCACGUGACCAUCUAUUAAAGCUGUUUGAUAUCCGUGCUAUGAAAGAAAUGCAAACAUUCCGAGGUCACAAGAGGGAGGCUACGGGUAAGUCCAAUUCACCCUUUAAAAAAGUGAAAAUAGGGGGCAAAUGGUCUAUUUGAGUUAAACCUGAAAUACCUAUGGCCACCUCUUCUUCACAAUGUCCCUGUUUUGUUCCUUCAAUUUCUUAUUCAUCCACGUAAAAUUGUCCCAUUCAAAACCUCCCUAUGGAAAGUUCAGUGACAACAUUUUUUGGUAAAUUUUAUAGCCCCUUUAGCUAUUUCUUUUUGAGGUAUUUCAGUUUCUCCAAGGAGGGGGCAUUAAGAGUUUGUGCAUUUGAUCAGCAUCAAGGAUAUUAACCUGCACUGUAUCAACUCCUGCAACCCCUUUUCCUUAGAUUUCAAGUUGCCAGAUAUAUGCAGUUAAUGGGUAGCUAGAGAAUGGAUAUGCUAGAAAGUUCUUUAGUUGAUUCUAUUUUCAUUUUUUUUCCCCAUGAAAGUGGUCAGGGGUCAAGCUCAAAAUUAUAGCUGGGAAUCAGCCCCAGCUGCAGCCUUAAGUGUCAGCUCUAGUUGAUCCAAUGCAGGUUUUGUUUACACCUUGUAGUCACAUGCUUUUGCAGUCUUCAUCAAUUAAUCUUGGUACAUUUUUAUGCGAUGUUACAUUUUCCUGUUUGGUUUUGCAGUUUUUUAGACCCUCCUUAUGCCGAGCCCUCUCUAAAGUUUUUUGUCACUGACUAGUGGAGAAUAAUCAUCCCUUUUUCUGCACCUCUCUUCCAGUCAUACCCCUCACCUGGGAGUUCCACUUCUUAAUAAUUUGUAUCUAGCUAGUAGUGAAGUUAUGUUGCUUGGCAUGUCAAUUUAGUGUAUUUGUUUUUUUUCGUAGCAAUCAGCUGGCAUCCUAUUCAUGAGUCAUUGUUUGUCAGUGGUGGAUCAGAUGGUUCCAUGAUGUUCUGGGUUGUUGGGUGAGUACAGCAUUCACAGUUGUAAAACAGGAAAUCAGUGGUGGAUCCAGGGAGAGGGUCUGGGGGAUCCGGACCCCCCCCCCCCCACCCCAUGAGACCUGAUGCUUGUUUGAGACUGAAAUUCUUACAUGAUUGAAUGACAGGAUCGUAUAUCACUUUUUAACUGGCUGAUUUUUUAGUGAAAUGUACACUGCAUUUUGCCACUAAACUAAAUUUCAGGGAUAUUCAAAAAUGUUUUUGGAUACCCUCCUCUGAUCUUGCAAUGAAAUAAUCUUUUUCCAAGAGUUUGUAAUGAAAACCAUCUCCUUUGUACCUACUAUUAGGGUUUGAUUGAUUUUGCUGGAUGCUAUAAAUUAAGAGUGACAUUUUCGUUACGACAUGAAUGAUCUUCCCAGUCAGUUCUGACAAAUGGGAAGUGCCCUAAGGCAACAGGGAUGAUCUUUUGCCUAUUCAAACUGGCACUAUUUGGGAAUUACAUAUUAUUUUGUUUUGUUGUUUUAUCAUUUAAGUGCUGAGAAAGAUGUAGGGAAUAUGGAGAUGGCUCAUGAAGGAAUGGUGUGGAGUCUAGCAUGGCAUCCAUUAGGUCACAUACUGUGCUCUGGAUCUAAUGAUCACUCCAGGUAAAACAGCUUAUAUUGUAGUGCAAUCACAGCACAAGUUAUUCAAGUGGAAAAGCGAUAUAUAGAGGUGCUAGAGCAUGCAUCGCUGGCAUGUUCCUGGACUUAGCAUUAAGUUAAGUUAAGUUUGCUAAGGCAGGAGCCUUUGAUGCACAUUAUUUUCAUAUGGUAAUGGGUCUUUUGAGGCAGGGUGUACCCCCAGAGGUACUCAACAAAUGUUUAUAUGGGAAGGUUCCGCCCUGAGGUCCAACCGCUUACCCUUCAUAUACUAAUUUUCACGAAAAAGAUACCCCUUUUGUAUACUUUCUAUUGACAAAUUGUACCCCUUUCACAUACCUUGUUUAGAACUUUGCAUCCCUUUUAACUGCUGUAAAUGCACUGUCUCUUAAAUAAGAAUCAAUCACAAAAAUAGUAUAUUUUCUCAACUUUAUAGAGGCAUAAAAUUCAUCUGUUAGCCCUUUUGGGCUCUUUCACAGACCCAAAUGACAGAUUUCGCAAACCUUUUUAUAUUCUUCAACUAGUGAGAUCCCUACCCUUUCAUAUACCUGAAGCCUGAAAAAGAUACCCCCUUUGGGCGGAGCCUCCCCUUAUGGCCAUCACAGGGAGUACCCCCCCCCCCCCAGCACGUACCACAGGUUUUAGAAAGUUACCCAUCAUCAUUUUAUUUAUUAUGUCACAGCUGGAACUUAUUUUUAUCACUGUCUUUUCAUCUGACAGUAAAUUUUGGACUCGUAAUCGACUGGGUGACAGAAUGAGGGAUAAAUACAAUUUAAAUAUUCUGGACACAGAGGAUGAU